UCACACUCUGCGCUGUCAUUUCUCCGCGUAACUGCGCCGUGAAAUCAUGGCUGAAUAUCACGCUGUUUGUGGUAUAAUUAUGUUUCUGGUAACACAAGCGUCCGCAGAAGUUGAUCCUGAACUGACAAUACUUGUUGGUAGCUGGAAUCCAGGUCAAAUAGUUCAGAUCAAGUUAUCUUCAUCAACUGCCACACGUGUAGCUGUAAGCAACCGCCCCGUCGCCAUUGACUACGAUCCUGUAGAGAACACAAUGUACUGGACGGAUGUCCAACUCAAGCAGAUCAGGGCGACUGAUCUCACCAAAGGCACUACCCAGCUCAUCCUAGCUUUGAAUGACAGCGCAGUUCCUGACGGUAUUUCUGUCGAUUCAUCUUCGAGAAAAAUAUUUUACACGGACACUGGAAAUGACAUAAUUGCUGUCAUGGACAUGAAUGGAAGCAACCAUGACAUCAUCGUUACACAGGAACUCGACGAACCCAGGGACAUCGUUCUUCAUGAGGCAAACAGGACGAUGUACUGGACAGACUGGGCAACAGCUUCAUACAUAGCCAGAGCAGAUUAUGACGGAAGAAACAUCAGAAAGAUAGUCACCACCGGUCUGGGGUGGCCAAAUGGGCUUACACUUGACAGGAACAAUGGAAUUCUGUACUGGUGUGACGCCAAGACACACAAGGUAGAGUCCGUCACUGUGGAGGGAACACAGAGAAGGGAGAUACUGAAUGAACCUGGGGCUCACUACUUCGGCAUCUCUUUCCAUGAUGGGACACUCUACUUCACGGACUGGAAGAGAUUAGCAAUACUCCACAUACCCGCUGCAGGAGGUACUCUUGGCGUCAUAGCAACGACUUUCUUGACACAGCUUGCUGGAAUCCAUGUCUUUUCUAACAGAAAUUCCUCAGGGUGUCUUUCGGGCCAAUACGGAAAGGACUGUAGACAGUGUGGUAACUGCAACGAAGGAACCGUCUGUGAGAAGACCACAGGCUUCUGUAUCGGUGGAUGUAAGCCUGGUUACCAGGGGACAGAGUGCAGACAAGUGUGUACGCCGGGAACCUACGGUGAAAGGUGUGUGUCGACGUGUGGCAACUGUACAGGAGAAACGUGUAACCACGUCAAUGGUACCUGCCCAGAGGGGUGUAUCGCAGGACAGCGUGGGCACGACUGUAAAACAGCCUGUCCGACCAAUACCUACGGCUCUGGGUGUUCUCCCUGUGGGUUGUGCGCUGGAGGCGUCCCUUGUAACACGGUGUCAGGUGUCUGUCCAGCUGGAUGUCAAUCAGGUUGGACCGGGGACAGGUGUGACAGAGCGUGUCUCCCUAAUACUUACGGUGUCUCCUGUGAGUCAUGUGGCCAGUGUGCUGCUGCUGUUCCUUGUGACAAAAGCACUGGACUCUGUCCAGCUGGCUGUCAAGAUGGUUGGACAGGCUCCCUGUGUAAAACAAUGUGCAGUCAAGGCACAUACGGAACAGGAUGUACAUCGAUCUGUUCCAACUGCCGAACAGGAAGUGUCUGCAAUCACGAGACUGGUCAAUGUCCGGCUGGAUGUGAGCCAGGAUGGACUGGAUCUAAGUGUGACGAGGUGUGUAGCCAGGGUACAUUCGGCUCAGGAUGCCUUUCUUUCUGUUCCAACUGCAAGACAGGAACUGUAUGUAAUCACGUGACUGGUCAGUGCCCGGGUGGCUGCCGAUCUGGAUGGAGGGGAACUAAGUGUGAUGAGAAGUGCUAUCCGGGUACACAUGGACCUAUGUGUUCAUCGCUCUGCUCUAACUGCUAUACUGGUACCGUCAGUGUGUGCCAUCACGUGACUGGCCAAUGCCCAGAUGGAUGCCAACCUGGAUGGACCGGAGCCAGAUGUGAUGCUGCGUGCAGCAGCGGCACAUUCGGGACAACGUGUUCAUCCGUCUGCCACAACUGCAGGACGGGAAGCGUCUGCAAUCACGUGACGGGUCAAUGCCCUGAUGGGUGCAAACCGGGCUGGGUUGGAGUGAAGUGUGAUGAGGAUGAAAAUGAUGAAAUGGGGGGAAAAUCCAGUGACACCAACCUUGCUGUAAUUGGAGGUUCCGUGGGUGGAGCUGCCCUGCUGUUGGUAAUUGUCAUCGUCGUCGUUGUUAUCGCAAUUGUGCUUGUCAGACGGAAAAGACGUCCCCGAGUUAAGGAUACAGGACCGUACGAAACAUUGCAAAUGGUCAACCAGCCCAUCUAUUCUGUGGCAACAGAUCUGGCUCCACAAUAUGCCACCGUCGCAGACGUUCACACACUUGACUACAGUAGACUUGGACGACUGGGCAACGCCCCCCGUCAAGAUGAGGAUGAGGACCACGUGUAUUCCCGACCGUUGUCAUUUAUUGUUAACGGCGAAAGCACGCAGUGAUCGCGUCACAUAUUAUCCCACAAGAUUAUACACGAUAUACGUUUGAUAGGUCUUUGUAUUAGCUGCACUUCAACAAUAAUAACACUUCUUUCUCCAGGUUAAAGAUACAGCCAAAAAUAUUGUUCAUGUGCAUAGUUUUGUCAUAGCCAAACCGAUAAACGCAUGGAAUAAAUAAUUUAAUGCUAUACCAAUAAUGACAUUGAAUAAUUAAGAUUGGAAAAUCAAAUUUUAAUCUUGCUGAUGUUUGGACCCAUAGAGAUGACAAUCAUUGCAACAUAUUUCGUCAAUCUCUGAUGGGUUCCCCUUAAAUAACAGUUUCUUCACACAACCUAAAUUAAAACACAUUCGAAUAAUACAUGUAUGGUAAGGACGAUAUGAAACGUAAAAUUAUUAAUUAAAAUCAUCCAGGUGCAAAAGAAAAGUAAUUAACAAUUGUUAUUUUACUUCCGGUGUUUUAUUCUAUUUCCAGUGUUAUGUAAAAAUUGCCUUGUCAUAAUUAAUCUCCUUUACAUGCCCAUGAGCAUAUACGUGAUAAAACAAUUACUCUCAGUCUAUUAUCAUUCCCUUUUCAGCCCUUGCCGCCUAUACUCAUCCCCUUCUCAUGGCUAGAAGCCUAUACUUAUCCCCUUCCCAUCGCAAGCAGCCUAUCAUCAUCGCCUUCCCAUUGCUACCAGCCAAUACUCAUCCCCUUCUCAUGGCUAGCAGCCUAUAGUCAUCCCCUUCUCAUGGCUAGCAGCUUAUACAUGACCCCUUCCCAUCGCAGGCAGCCUAUCAUCAUCGCCUUCCCAUCGCUAGCAGUCAAUACUCAUCCCCUUCUAAGCUCUAGCAGCCAAUACUCAUCCCCUUUGCCUAUUAUCUUCUUCUUCGCCUAGUAGCCUAGAAUCAUCCCCUUCUCAGCCCUUGAAGCCUUUAGUCAUCCUCACUUUAACAAAACACAGCCUAUACUCAUCCCCUUCCCAGCCCUAGCAUCCUAUGGUCAUCCUCUCCUCUGCCGAGGGAGCUCAAACACACCUCCAUUCUUCGCCCUAGUAGCCUGUAGUCAUGUCCUACUCAGCCCUAGAAGCCUACAGUCAUCCCGUCUCAGCCCUAGCAGUCUAUGCUCAUCCCCUUCUCAGCCCUAGCAGUCUAUACUCAUCGUCGUCUCAGCCCUAGCAGUCUAUACUCAUCCCCUUCUCAACCUUAGCAGUCUAAACUCAUCCCCUUCUCAGCCUUAGCAGUCUAUACUCAUCCCCUUCUCAACCCUAGCAGUCUAUACGCAUCCCCUUCUCAACCCUAGCAGUCUAUACUCAUCCCCUUCUCAGCCCUAGCAGCCUAUUAUCAUCCCCUUCUAAGCCCAGCAUCCUAUGGUCAUCCCCUUCUCAACCCUAGCAUCCUAUGGUUAUCCUCUCCUCUGCCAAAGGAGCCUUCACACAUCCCCAUUCUUCGCCCUAGCAGCCUGUAGUCAUGUCCUACUCAGUUCUAGAAGCCUACAGUCAUCUCGUCUCAGCCCUGGCAGUCUAUACUCAUCCCCGUCUUAGCCCUGGCAGGCUAUACUCAUCCCCGUCUCAGCCCUGGCAGUCUAUACUCAUCCCCUUCUCAGCUCUAGCAGCAUUUACUCAUUCCCUUCUCAGCCCUAGCAGCCUAAACUCAUCCCCUUCUUAGCUCUAGCAUCCUAUACUCAUCCCCGUCUCAGCCCUGGCAGCCUAUACUCAUCCCCUUCUCAGCUCUAGCAGUCUAUACUCAUCCCCGUCUCAGCCCUGGCAGUCUAAACUCAUCCCCAUCUCAACCCUGGCAGUCUAUACUCAUCCCCGUCUCAGCCCUAGCAUCCUAUACUCAUCCCCUUCUCAGCCCUAGCAGCCUUUACUCAUCCCCGUCUCAGCCCUAGCAGUCUAUACUCAUCCCCUUCUCAGCCCUGGCAGUCUAUACUCAUCCCCUUCUCAGCCCUAGCAUCCUAUACUCAUCCCCGUCUCAGCCCUAGCAUCCUAUACUCAUCCCCGUCUCAGCCCUGGCAGUCUUUACUCAUUCCCAUCUCAGCCCUGGCAGUCUAUACUCAUCCCAAUCUAAGCCCUGGCAGUCUUUACUCAUUCCCAUCUCAGCCCUGGCAGUCUAUACUCAUCCCAAUCUAAGCCCUAGCAGCCUUUACUCAUCCCCAUCUCAGCCCUAGCAUUCUAUACUCAUCCCCUUCUCAGCCCUGGCAGUCUAUACUCAUCCCCAUCUCAGCCCUAGCAUCCUAUACUCAUCCCCGUCUCAGCCCUGGCAGUCUAUACUCAUCCCCAUCUCAGCCCUGGUAGUCUAUACUCAUCCCCUUCUCAGCCCUGGCAGCCUAUACUCAUCCCCAUCUCAGCCCUAGCAUCCUAUACUCAUCCCCGUCUCAGCCCUGGCAGUCUAUACUCAUCCCCAUCUCAGCCCUGGCAGCCUUUACUCAUCCCCAUUUAGCCCUGGCAGUCUAUACUCAUCGCCUUCUCAGCCCUGGCAGUCUAUACUCUUCCCCUUCUCAGCCCUAGCAUCCUAUACUCAUCCCCUUCUCAGCCCCAGCAGCCUAUACUCAUCCCCUUCUUAGCUCUAGCAGCCUAUACUCAUCCCCGUCUCAGCCCUGGCAGUCUAUACUCAUCCCCUUCUCAGCCCUGGCAGUCUAUACUCAUCCCCGUCUCAGCCCUGGCAGUCUAUACUUAUCCCCAUCUCAGCCCUGGCAGUCUAUACUCAUCCCCGUCUCAGCCCUAGCAUCCUAUACUCAUCCCCAUCUCAGCCCUAGCAGUCUAUACUCAUCCCCCAUCUCAGCCCUAUCAUCCUAUACUCAUCCCCUUCUCAGCCCUAGCAUCUUAUGGCCAUCCCCUUCUCAGCCCACGGAGCCUAUAUGCAUCCCCAUCUUCGCCCUAGUAGCCUAUAGUCAUACCCUUCUCAUCCUCGAAGCCGAUAGUCAUCCCAUUUACGCCUAUAUGCAUCCCCUUCUCAGCCCUAGCAUCCAAGAGUCAUCCUCUCCUCAGCCCACUUAGCCUAUACACAUCCCCCUUUUUCGCCUAAGUAGCCUAUACCCAUCCCCUCUAAGCCCUAGCAGCUAUACUCAUCACCCCAUUCUCAUCCCUUGUACCCUACCUUAAUACCCUUCUCAGCUUCAGCUCUGAAAAAUGAGACUUGAGGGUUCCCUAAUAACAAUCUUUGUAUCUAAUCUUACACAUAACUAUACUGCAGCUAUGAAUUGCAAUAGUAUUUUCUCUUUAUUUAUAAGUAUAUGAUAUUGAUAUUAGAUUAGCUGUUACACCCUGGAGUAAUUCUUCUCCAUCUUCACUACACUCAAUAGUAGUUUUACUUUGUUUUUUAACAUAGUCUUGGUUUGUAUUUUUGUUUUGUUUUCCUUUUUUAAUCUCAAUAUAUGCAACCUAAUAUAUAUCUAUUUCUCAUCAAUACAUUUUUCCCUCCUCGGUUUACAUUUUUUGGUCAGGUAUUUUAUACCUUAGUGCCCUUAUCUAUUAUCAAAUUAACCUCACAUGACUCCGACAUUGGCAUGUUCAGACGAGGACGAUAGAUCUCUAAUGUAGUAGUAGUAUUUCAGGGAGUACAUGUAACUAAUGUUAUAUUUGGGAUAAAACUUUCUUAGUAAAGUACAGAUUCUCGUUCUUUUUUGGGUUGAGUCCCGUCCGGGAUUCGAACCCACACUUGCCAGAGUGAGGCACCUAAUCGCCAGCACACAAAGUUUACAUUAUGUAUUCAUAGGGAGUACAUGUUUGUCUAACUUUGGUUGCGUAAUCCAAUUUUUUUGUAAGCUUUGGGUCUUUAAAUGAACAUGGAUCUUAUAUGUGCGCUUUACUGUAUACUGUCACGAUUGUUUGUUAUAAUGUAACGGUUAGUACUAUACAUAGAUACAUAUACUGAAACGCAUUGAAAACGCGCCAACAGAAAUGUGGGCGUUGUUCUUAUGAUAUUGGAAUAGUGUGAGUAAUGUCAGGGCAUUAUCAACAAAAAACCUUAAGGUGAAUGAGCAUCGCUUAAGCUCCAAAAAGCAUCAAAAUGAUCGCAACAGCACAUAUGUAAACCAAAACGUGACAUGUGAUGCAA